CUAUUGUGGUGAUUGUUGUUGUUGUUGAAAAAAAACAAACAAACAAAAUGUUCACAUCAUGAUCAUCAUUAUCAACACCAUUAACAAUGUCGUCAUUAACAGAUUCACCAAGAUUAAUUAAAACUUCCAACGGUGGUUUAAUUGUUGGACAUAAUACGAAUAAUAAUAAUAAUAAUACAGUCUCAUCCGGUUCUUUUGCUCAUCAAACAAUAUUGACAACAACAUCAGCUAAAUCGACAACAUCAAGUUCAUUAUUAGCAACAGCAUUAUUGCCAGCAUCUUCAACAUCAACGAUAUCAUCAACAUCUUUAUCAUCAACAUCAUCAUCAAGUGGCAAAAAAUCACGUAAAAACGAUUCAUCCAAUUCAUCUGUUGUCAAUAACAAUAACAACAACAACAAUAACCCGAAUACAAUUACCGAAAAUAAUCAUAACGCCAAUCAUUUUCUUCCAAUAGCGCCACAAACAUUUUUUCAACAUCCAUCACAACCAGGUCUCACAUUGGCUUCUGUACAUCAACAAAUACAGCCGGGCAGUGUGGCCGUAUUUACAUCGCCAACGAUGGCGAUGGCCACAAUUGCCGGUACGGCUGGACCACAAGCUACUGUCCAUCAACAACAAGGUACCUCGCCAGGUCAAACAUUACAACAUCCACAUCAAAGUUUAGUUGUUAAUGGUGCCAUGACUCAACAAUUUUCCACUGGAACAUUUCAAACGGCAAAUGGUCAGAUCAUUCAAGCAGCGCCCGGAAUGCAAAUGAUUGGCGGAUUACCAACACAGGUUCAAGUGAUUGGUGCCAAUGGACAGCCAGCAUAUUUUCCACAAUUCUAUACGGCUGGUCAAAUGCAACCAACAAUGUUGUUGAAUAAUUUGAGUAUGGCAAUACCGGCACAAAAUCCAAGUCAAGGUUUAGCCAUUCAAUUGCCAACGACACCUACUAAUGCUGGUACAACAAUGAUCACAACAACCGGACAGAUGACACAUCAAACUGCAAAUCAACCUACACCCGUUAAAGGUCAUUCUAAUCAAACCACCAUAAUGAAAGGGGUAACCAUUUCGCCACAACAGAAUACGUUAUCAACACAGGCAAAUAAAACAAACGCAUCAACAAAUGCAACGAAAACACAACAACAACAUCAUCAUCAGCAACAAGUAAUACAACCUACGGCCGCAUUUCAACAGAAUACUACCAAUCCAACAUUUGUCAUUGGAUUAGCUGCUCCACAUAAUUCAACCGCAACACAGAAUGGUCAAACAACAACCAUUCUACAACCGACAUCAACACCACCAUCAUCAGUUACGAAUGCCCGUAAAACAACGAGCUCUGGCCGUUCAAACAAUAAGGGCACAAGUUUAAUUCAAAAAAUUCAACCUACAUCACCAUUAUUGACACAGGCUCAAUUCAAAACAAAUACAUCGUUUGGCACAACAUCGAAUACAACUUCUCCAGCUCCUGGUCAAACCAUCAUGGUACAUGGACAAAGCAUUCAAACAGGUCCCAAUGGCAGUAUUCAAUUGGCUCCAAAUCAACCGACUAUUAUUUCACCAUUAACAUCGUUUCAAACACUACAACCAAGUAUCACGUGGACGACAUCACCACAAUUGAAUCAAACACCAACACAACUAGUUGCGCCGAAUGGCCAGAUUUUGAUUCGAACACAAGGUCCAAAUGAUUCGCCACACAUGUUGAUUCAAACAUCAAAUAAUCAAUUUCAAGCUGUUCCAAUGCAAAUGACACCCACAAAUGGUGAUCAACAACAGAACCAUCAACAAAAUGCCGGACCAAUGCAAGUAACGCCAACCGGACAACCUACUAUGAUGGCAACAUCAUCUAUCAAUCCAACAAUGCCAAUUUCGAUCCAAACCAAUCCAGGAGUAGCUACCAUGUCUACAGCAAUGGUUAAUUCUCAACAACAACUAGCCAAUUCCUUACCGAACACAACUAUGCUUACGAUGGUAUCAUCAUCAGGAACUUCGACAUUGACAACAGCGACCACCUUGGCUCAAUCACGACAACGUCCGUUACGACCGGCUGCAUCGAUUGCAUCAUCGAUUCCUUUAACAACAACAACAGUUCAGACAACUAACAAUGCUAUACAGAAUUCAACGGCUAAAUCAAAAUCAAGUGCAAAUAAUAUUCCUAAAUUGGCUCCCAAAGGAUCGACUUCUGCAUCAUUAUCAUCAUCAUCAACGUCAUCGUUGUCAUCAUCUCCAUCAAUUGUAUCGAAUUUUCCAAAAGCUCAACCAUCAUCUCUUGCUACUAUCAAUGGUAAUAAUUCUACGGCAAAAGUACCAUUGCCUGUUGUGCUUCCAAAGACUUCUGCAGAAAAUAUCACAAAUGGUGCUAUCACAAUGAAUUGUAAAAUACAAAAAUCUAUGAUUACAUGUGCUCAAAGUGUUAAUAAUUCUACCUCAAUAAUGAAUAAUAAUAAUACAUCGGUAUCUUCUAGUACCAGUACACAAUCGUUUGUACCGCCACAGAAUAAUAAUCUAGUCUCUGGUAUGACUGCAACAGGAACUAAUACUUCAUUCAAUGGUAAAUUAAAUCGAAAUAAACCACAAACCGAAAAGAAAGAUGCUGCAAGUGGUACGGAGAAUAAUAAUAAGUCAUCAACAUUGGUCUCAUCAUCAACAUCAACCAUCAAUUUGAAUCUCAAAUCUCAAAUGAAACCUAAUUCCUUGAAUUCUAUGCGAAACAAUUCAUUAACAAAUACAAAGAAUAAAAUACCGAUAGUUUUGUCAUCUGGUCCUCUACUUACAAACAAUACAAAUCAAUUGGGUAAAAUACCGAAUCAUCAAACAGUGAAUGGUACACAAACUCCACCUACAUCAUCCGCCAAUAAAACUUUAACGAUGAUGAAUGGUGGUGGUGGUGGUGGUGGAUUAACAAAUGGUGUAUUGGCCAAAUCGAAUACAACAAAUACAAUACCAUCAACGACAAAUACUGGAUCUCAAGUGGUCAACAACAAAACCAAACAAAAUGAUCCAAAUAAUCAAGUAUUAACGCAUGUCAUUGAUGGUUAUGUCAUUCAAGAAAGUGCCAAUCCAUUUCCAAUCAAUGGAUUUUUAACAUCUAGUGAAUUCGAUCCACAAAAAUCUAAUGGUGUUGUUGUUGUUGAAAAGAUGGAAUUAGAUCCCGAUAAUAAGGAUUUAAUUUCAGCAAAAUUGAAAGAGAAUGGCCUAAUUCCGCCUAAUUCUCAACCCGGUAAUCAACCUCAAUCUGAUCAUUCAAAGAUCAAUGAUCCAAAUAGCCAAAUAUUAGAUGAUCUUUGUGUCAGUUGUAAGAAAAACAAACGUCUACUACAGGCAAAGAAAAAGAAAUGGAAACGAUUUUGUCAAACUUGUAUUGAUAGAUUCUUGAAUAAAAAGAAAAACUUUAAAGAACAGCAGCAGUAUCUACAACAACCACCGAAUUUCAUUGGUAAUUCUUCAGCGAUGAAAACUUCCACUUCUUCUAUUCAAACACAUCAAACAACAACAACAGCAGCAAUAGUCACUGCUGCUGUUGUUGGUUCCACCAAGAUGAAUAGUACUUUAGCCACCAAUAGUAAUUCUACAUUAUUGCCGACAACGCCGAUAGUCAACGGCCUUGGUGGUGUUGGUGGAAAACAUUCAUCAGUAAUUGGUGUUUCGACACCAUCGGGUGCUGUAACAUCAAACAUCAGCAUCGAUAUUGGCCAAAAUAUGGCCAAACGUCCAUUGAAUCAACAAUCAGCAGCAGCAGCUACAAUAAACAUUGACCAGCAACAAGCAAAUAAAAGACUUCGACUGUCUUCACCUACAAAUGUUAUCGGAAAUUCGACCCAGACAACUGGUGAUGUUGCUGUAAGUAAUGGCAAUAAUGUUAAUACAACCAAUGGAAAGACUUUAGAUUCUUUAGCAACGACAUCAUCAACAACAACAACAACAUUAACGACAGCAAGCACAAAUGAUGAUAAAAUGUGGCUUCCAGCUAAUGGAACCAAAGAGCCUGGUAAAUGGACUGUGCAAGAAGUUUAUGAAUUUAUGAGCCAUUGUGAUGGUUGUUCAGAUCUUGCUGAUGGUUUUAAAUCACAAGAAAUCGAUGGUCAAGCCUUGAUGUUAAUAAAAGAGGAUCACAUAAUCGAUAUAUUGAAUACAAAACUUGGUCCAGCAUUGAAAAUUUGUCGAAAAAUCAAAGAAUUAAAAGAACAUUUCAAUUAUUGAAAUGAAUGUGUGAAAAUC